UUCACCCAAACGUUGGUCUCUUUGUAAUGUGAAAGGGAAGGCUUGAGGAAGUGAGCUGUAGUGACUGGCGCUGAGAAGUGACUGUAGCUCUGGUGUUUUAUAUCGUUUGAAUAUUUGACUACAUUUGGAAGUAGUUCUGCUCCUGUGCAUCAAGCCUACAGACUGGGACAGUAACUGACAUCAAAGGAAAGGUCUUGGCUGUGAUUCCUCAUUGCAGUCAUGGCACCAAAGAAGAAGAAUGCUAAGAAGAAUAAGGCAGACAUCAAUGAGAUGACCAUCAUUGUAGAGGACAGCCCUCUAAGCAAACUCAAUGGUUUGAGUGGUCUAAUUGAUGGUGGGAAUGGCUUCAGUUACAUUUCAACAGAAGUUACCGAUUCUUCCUAUGGCACUUCCCUUAUGGAAGGGAUGAGCAGAAUGAGGCAGGACAGUUUCCUUUGUGAUCUAACCAUUGGUACCAAAACAAAAUCUUUUAUGGUUCAUAAAGUUGUUAUGGCCUCCUGCAGUGAAUACUUCUAUAACAUCCUCAAAAAGGAUUCCUCAACUCAGAGAGUUGAUCUGAAUGAUAUCUCUCCACUAGGCUUAGCCACUGUAAUAACAUAUGCAUACACUGGAAAGAUUACCCUUUCUUUAUAUACUAUAGGCAGCACCAUAUCUUCAGCAAGUUACCUGCAGAUAAAUGCCCUUGUAAACAUGUGCUGUGAUUUUCUAAUGCAAGAAAUGAAUGUCGAAAACUGCAUGUAUGUUGCUAAUAUUGCAGAAACCUAUGGACUCAAAAGUACAAAAGAAGCAGCACAGAAAUUUAUCAGAGACAACUUCAUUGAGUUUUCUGAAACAGACCAGUUUUUGAAAUUAACCUUUGAUCAAAUCAAUGAAUUUCUAAUAGAUGACUAUUUACAACUUCCUUCUGAAAUUGUGGCGUUCCAAAUUGCAAUGAAAUGGCUUGACUUUGAUGAAAAGAGAAUAAAAUAUGCCUCUGGUCUCAUUAGCAAUAUCCGCUUUGGUACCAUCUCAGCCCAAGACCUUGUCAACUAUGUUCAGUCAGUGCCUCGUAUGAUGCAAGAUACAGAUUGCCACAGGCUAUUGGUAGAAGCCAUGAAUUAUCAUCUACUUCCAUUUCAUCAGAACACUUUGCAGUCUAGAAGAACAAAAAUACGUGGUGGUUCCAGGGUCUUGGUUACUGUGGGGGGUCGCCCAGCUCUAGCAGAAAAGUCCCUAAGCAGGGAAAUUCUAUACCGAGAUCCUGAAGGUGGAUGGAAAAGACUGGCAGAACUUCCAGCUAAGAGUUUCAAUCAAUGUGUCACUGUAAUGGAUGGAUUUCUGUACAUUGCUGGUGGUGAAGACCAGAAUGAUGCCCGAAACCAAGCCAAACAUGCUGUCAGCAAUUUUUGCAGAUAUGACCCUCGUUUCAACACAUGGAUUCACCUGGCUAACAUGAUCCAGAAACGCACUCAUUUUAGUCUUAAUGUGUUUAAUGGCCUUAUUUUUGCAAUUGGAGGCCGUAAUUCUGAAGGGGGUCAGGCAUCAGUUGAGUGCUAUGUGCCUUCAACUAAUCAGUGGCAAAUGAAAGCACCACUAGAAGUAGCUAGGUGCUGUCAUUCCAGCUCCAUAAUAGAUGGUAAAAUCUUGGUCGUAGGUGGAUAUAUAAAUAAUGCAUACUCCCGAUCUGUGUGUAUGUAUGACCCAUCUAUGGAUAGCUGGCAAGAUAAAGCAAACCUCAGUACCCCUAGAGGUUGGCAUUGCUCUGUUUCACUUGGUGACAGGGUGUAUGUUAUGGGUGGCAGUCAACUUGGUGGUCGUGGUGAGAGAGUUGAUGUUCUACCUGUAGAGUGUUACAAUCCCCACACAGGUCAAUGGAGCUACGUUGCUCCUCUUCAAAAUGGAGUUAGUACAGCUGGCGCUUCAACUCUCAAUGGAAAAAUCUAUCUAGUUGGCGGCUGGAAUGAAGUGGAAAAGAAAUAUAAGAAAUGCAUCCAGAGCUACAAUCCUGAUCUCAAUGAAUGGACAGAGGAAGACGAGUUACCUGAAGCAACAGUCGGGGUGUCAUGCUGCUCCAUUAACAUGCCCAAUUUUAAAACACGAGAAUCUAGGGCAAGUUCAGUGUCUUCUGUACCAGUCAGUAUAUAAAUACCACCUGAAAUAAUGUUAGUGCCACUGGUUUUUUUUUUUACACUUCAACCCCUUCUGCCAAUUAUUUUGAGGUUUGUGAUAUUUAAAUUACUUCAAAAAUGUCUUAGGAAAGGAAUUAUAUUAAAGAAACACACUGGGGAAUUAAAUUAUUUACUGCUGCCAGAGAUCUUUUUAAAGGAAUAUCCCAUGAAAAGCAAAAGUGGCCACUUAAGUUUUAGAAAGUGCUAAUACAUUCAAAUAUUGUAUGUUGUGCACAAAGCAGUGAAUGAUGCAUGUUAUUUGCUAUACAUAAAGGCAUGAACAUUAAUUAGGUGAAUUAAUAAUUAGUCCAAUCGGAACAUAAUAUUUUUAUAUUUAUCUGAAAUCAAGAAGCAACAGAUACGAUACCUUAUCCCAUGUGUCCUACAAUCUGGAAUGCUUUAAAAAUCUUGCUUCCAAAUCCAGGAAAUUCUGCUCCAAACUGGGAAUUCGCUGGAUUUGUGAGUAGGUUGUGGGCGGUCUUCCUCCUUUUCUCCAUACCUCCAACUUGAAACUGAAAAGGAAACUAGCAGAGGGGCAAAAGAGUUGAAACAUUUUUACUCUAAUACUAUUCCCCAGCUGGUCAGCACUAAAUAAAAGUAGAUUUUGGUUCCAAAGAUUCCAGAUAAUGGGUUCCCUUCCUGUAUACAUACACAUAUGCAGCCAUAUAUACUUCCAUGAGAGGGCUCUAAAGCUGAUUCUUAAUAAUAAUUUGUAUACUCAGGAAAGGCCUUUAGAGUGCAAUAUAAAAAGCCUCUUAUAAGAAACAUGCACCCUCAGUACCUCAGCACACCUCCAUGAGACAGUGGCAUAACAAUAUCUACACACUACAAAGUAUAUCUGAUUAUUAGUAACACUGUAAUUAUUCAGUCCUGUAAUAGUACUUGAGAAAUACAGCAAUGACUGUACAAGGAGGCCAAUUCAUUUAGAGCUCAGUCAUUUGCGAUUACAAUAACAUCUUUAUCUAUUUAGAACUGUGAAAAAAACUAUUGCUAUUUAAUCCUGUGGAUCAAUUUUAUAACAUUAGGCCUGUAUUUAACAUUCUGUUUGUGGAAACUGCUCAAGGAAAAAAUAAACAUUAUUUGCAUGAAUCAA